AACAAAAGCUGCUCCUUUCGUAUUACAUGGAAGCUUUCAAUAGCUUCGUUCGCUUCAAGGAACCCCCAAAUCUCUUCUUCUCUCGCGAUGACACCGUCUCCGCGUCCAAGAAUGCUGGGGUUUCCAAGCCCACAUCGAUCCGUGCUGCGAACUCUGUCAGCUCUGUCGGAAAGAGCACUAGGGUUUCGAAGACCUUCCAGGGGAAACCGAAGUUCGCCGCGAUUUCAAUUAGCCCCAGGAAGAGUAGGAUCGGAGCCGGUCUUGCUGCUGAUGCCGAGAGGGUUAGGAUUCGCGAGGAGCUCCGGAGGGAAACGGAGGAGACCUUGGAGUGGGGCUCCGUCUGCUCCCAAGUCUCCGCCUUCGUUUCCACGAGCGUGGGCCGCGCCCUUUGCCGGAGCGGGAAUCUGCCGGUUGGUCGAGAUCGGGAGGAGAGCGAGAAGCUACUGGACCAGACGGCGGCGGCUGUGCUGCUUCCGCGGCCACUGGACUUCUCUGGGAUCGAUGAUGUGUCGGAGAUUGUCAGAGCGGCAGUUGCAGGCGAGCUUCUUGGCAUCCGGGAGCUCUGUGCCAUUGAACGGAGUCUUCAAUCGGCAAGAAGGGUUUUUGAGCAAUUGGAGCAGAUCUCGGCCGAUGAGUCUUCUGAUAGGUACACUUCUCUUCUGGAGAUUCUGCAAGAUUGUGAUUUUCUGGUAGAAUUAGCAAACCAAAUAGCAUUUUGCAUCGAUGGUAAACUUUCCAUAGUUCUGGAUCAAGCUAGCAUGAAAUUGGAAUCCAUUAGGAUGGAGAGGAGGAAGAACAUGGAGAAACUCGAGUCUUUUUUGAAGGAAGUGUCCAUGAAGGUUUUCCAGUCUGGGGGCAUUGAUAGUCCUCUGGUUACAAAGCGACGGUCUAGAAUGUGUGUUGGCAUUAAGGCUUCACACAAGUCUCUGCUCCCGGAAGGUAUUGUUCUUAGUUCUAGUAGCUCUGGAGCAACCUACUUUAUUGAGCCAAGAGAUGCUAUUGAACUCAACAACAUGGAAGUCAGACUUUUCAAUGAUGAGAAAGCUGAGGAACUUGCUAUUCUGGGUGUAUUAACUUCAGAAAUUGCACAUGCGGAGACAAAAAUUAGGUAUCUAAUGGAAAAGAUUUUAGAAUUGGAUCUUGCUGUUGCCAGAGGAGCAUAUGCCUUGUGGAAUGGUGGUGUUCGUCCAUACCUCAUCCAGGACUAUGAAAGGUUCAAAUCAAUUAUAACUGGAGAUACAUUGUCAGUAGAUAUAGAAAGCAUUCAGCACCCUUUGCUCCUUGAACCUUCCCUUAGACACUUGCCUUCUGUCUCAGAAAAAGGAGGUGGAAGUUCGAUAUUGUUUGAUAGGAGGAAUCUGUCGAUAGAUUCUGAAGAAUUUCUUGAAGUAGAACCCCCUGUUCCUGUGGACUUUAAGAUAGAAAAUUCUACUAAAGUGGUUGUGAUAUCUGGACCUAAUACUGGAGGUAAAACAGCUACUAUGAAAACUUUGGGCUUGGCAUCUAUUAUGUCAAAGGCUGGAAUGUUUUUAUCAGCUAGGGAUCAGCCAAAACUGCCAUGGUUUGACCAAAUUCUUGCAGAUAUUGGUGAUCACCAGUCGUUGGAGCAUAACCUGUCUACUUUUAGUGGGCACAUAUCGCGUAUCUGCAAAAUCACAGAGGUUGCUUCGGAAAAUUCACUCGUCCUGAUAGAUGAGAUUGGUAGUGGUACUGAUCCAUCAGAAGGUGUGGCUCUCUCAACCUGCAUUCUCCGGUACCUUGCUGAUCAUGCCAACUUAUCUGUUGUUACUACCCAUUAUGCCGACUUGAGCCGCCUGAAAUCUGGUGAUUCUCGGUUUGAGAAUGCUGCAAUGGAGUUUUGUUUGGAGACCUUGCAACCCACAUUUCGUAUUCUAUGGGGAAGUACUGGUAACUCAAAUGCCUUGAGUAUUGCUAAGUCGAUUGGCUUUGAUCAGAAGAUGUUAGAUCGUGCAGAAGAAUGGGUUAAGAAGUUAGAGCCUGACAGAGAAAGGGAAAGACAAGGUUCACUUUAUCAGUCUUUGCUAGAGGAAAGAAACCUGUUAGAGGCUCAAGCAAAUGAAGCUGCAUUGGUACUUGAAGAAGUGAAGAAGUUGCAUUCUGAGAUACAAUCUGAGGCUGAAGAUAUUGAUAAGCGAGUGGCAGCCCUUAAGGCGAAGGAGUCUCAUUUGGUACAACAGGAGCUAAAGAUUGUUAAGUCUAAGAUGGAUUCCAUAAUCGAGGACUUUGAGAGUCGAAUUCAAAGUGCAACUCUUGAUCAAUUUAGUUCAAUAAUGAGAGAAUCUGAGACAGCCAUCGCUUCCAUUGUUGCAGCGCAUUCCCCAAAAGAUGAUAUGUCAUAUGUGAGCACAGAAAGCGGCAGUUCUUAUCUACCACAAAUUGGAGAUCAAGUAUAUGUUACAGGGUUAGGAGACAAGGUUGCUACUGUGGUCGCAGCACCAGCAGAAGACGGCACUACCACUGUCCAGUACGGGAAAAUAAAGGUGCGCGUGAAAAGAAAUGACAUGAGAUUGGUCCAAAGUAGCUCGGGCAGGCAUAAUUCUGCUUUGCAACCAAGAGGGCAGAUAAGAAGGUGGAACAAAGGACCUGCAACGGAGUCAAACAUGGAUGAGGAGGCUGCCUUCGGGCCAGCCGUGAGGACGUCGAAGAACACAGUCGAUUUGCGGGGCAAGCGGGUCGAAGAAGCUUCCCAUCGUCUUCAGAUGGCCAUCUUGGGUUGCAAAUCGCGUGGGGUUCUCUUCAUCGUCCACGGAACGGGGACUGGAGCUGUGAAGGAGUGUGUCCUUGAGGUACUAAGGAAUCACCCUCGAGUGGCCAAGUUCGAAGAAGAAAGCCCGAUGAACUAUGGAUGCACAGUUGCUUACAUCAAAUGAGGUUGUGUUCGUCUGCUGCCAGCCAACAGAAUCAAAUCUUCCUCCCGGUAAACCUUGUUUUGUCUCUGAUCCAUAUAUGGCUAAAAAUUGAAUAAUAUCCUUUUAAAUAUUUUCUAAAAAAAGGUAAAUUGCAUGUAUAUAUCUCACCAUAUAAGUAAUUUCGUACUUAUUA